UCUUUUUCGGAAUUCCUCUUUCCCGCACGGCGGCUCCUCAAUUUGGAGGAAGGUUUAAGCCAUGGCGGGCCGAAACCUUAACAGAUUGAUGAGUUUUGGAGUAUCAGAUGUGGCUUUAGAACUGGUUAUGGCAUACAUCAAUGAUCCUCGUGACCGUGAUGCUGUGUCUCUGGUUUGCCAUAAAUGGUUUGAGAUCGAUGCAUUGACACGGAAGCAUAUUACUAUUGCUCAUUGUUACACAGCAAGUCCAGAGCGUCUCAGACGAAGGUUUCAGCGUCUCGAGUCACUCAAACUGAAGGGAAAACCAAGGGGUGCAAUGUUUAAUCUUAUACCUGAGGAUUGGGGAGGAUAUGCUGGUCCCUGGAUCAGAGAAAUUGCCGAGAGUUUUAAUUGCUUGAAGUCACUUCAUUUCCGGCGAAUGAUUGUUAAGGACGCGGAUCUUAAGCCUCUUGCUCGAGCUCGUGGUCAGACGCUCCAGGUGCUCCAACUUGAUAAGUGCUCUGGAUUUUCGACGGAUGGUCUUUUGCAUGUUGCACGCCAUUGCAGAUCCCUAAGAAUAUUGUUUUUGGAGGAGAGCUGUAUAGAGGACAGAGAUGGUCAAUGGCUCCAUGAGCUUGCUAUAAACAACACAGUUCUCGAGAAUUUGAACUUCUAUAAUACAGAUCUUAGUAAGAUCAGUAUCAUGGACCUUGACUUGAUAGCUAGAAACUGCCGCUCCUUGGUCUCUUUAAAAACCAGUGAUUGUGAGAUCUUGGAUCUAGUUGGUUUUUUGCGUGCUGCAACCGCAUUAGAGGAGUUUGGUGGGGGUUCCUUCAAUAAGCAAUCAGAAGACUACUCUGUCAUCUCAUUCCCUCCAAGAUUAUGUCGUGUAGGUCUAAGCUACAUGGGUAGGAAUGAGAUGCCCAUAAUAUUUCCAUUUGCAUCCCAACUCAAGAAGCUGGAUCUCAUGUAUGUCAUGCUUGAUACAGAGGACCAUUGUCAGUUGAUUCAACGAUGCCCCAAUUUAGAAAUUCUUGAGGCAAGAAAUGUCAUUGGAGACAGAGGGUUAGAAGUUCUUGCUCAGAGCUGCAAGAAAUUAAAAAGGCUUAGAAUUGAGCGCGGUGAUGAUGAACAGGGAAUGGAGGAUGAACAAGGUCAAGUUUCACAGAGAGGAUUAUCUGCUUUAGCACAAGGUUGCAUUGAACUUGAAUACUUGGCUGUUUAUGUGUCCGAUAUAAACAAUGCUUCAUUGGAAUCAUUUGGCACAUACUGCAAAAACCUCACAGAUUUCCGUUUAGUGUUGCUCGAGCAUGCAGAAAGGAUCACAGAUUUGCCACUAGACAAUGGUGUACGAGCCUUAUUGAGAGGUUGUGAGAAGCUUAGGAGGUUUGCCCUCUAUCUACGAGCUGGAGGCUUGACCAAUGUAGGCCUUGGUUACAUAGGGCAGUACAGCCAAAAUGUGAGGUGGAUGCUUCUGGGUUUUGUGGGAGAGUCUGAUGGAGGGCUUUUGGAGCUCUCGAGAGGCUGCCCUAAUCUGCAGAAACUUGAAAUGAGGGGUUGUUGCUUCAGUGAACGUGCACUGGCUCUUGCUGUAAUGCAGUUGACCUCACUGAGAUACUUGUGGGUGCAAGGAUAUGGUGCAUCUGCAACAGGUAGUGACCUCUUGUCCAUGGUUCGCCCCUUCUGGAACAUUGAAUUAAUUCCUCCAAGGCGUUUUGUUUUAAGAGAUGAACAGGGGAACGAAAUAGUCACUGAGCAUCCUGCCCAAAUUCUUGCUUACUACUCCCUUGCUGGGCCGAGAAAUGACUAUCCAGACACUGUCAUCCCACUCGAGCCAUUACCAUGAUAAAUUCAUGAAACUGUACUUAUCUUCUCCAGAUUGUCUCUUGCACCAUCUGCAUGUACUUUAAGGUGCCCUGUCCAUAGAUCUUCCCUGUAUUUGUUUUCUAUCCCUUCCAAGGCCAUCUGUUCUGUAAUAAGUUUCUGCUAUAUCAUACUCUGAAAGAGCUUGCCAUCAUGUGAAGUACUAUCCAAAAUUCUUGCCCCGUCAAUCCACUUCUCUCAGACCUCCCUCUUUGCUAGUGUUGGUUGACUUGAGAUGACCUUUUUCAAUUAAAAAUAAUUACUGGAACUUACAAAUUGAUCUGAGAUAGUACAGGGAUUGCAUCCAAUAUGCUCUGUGAGCAUUUGGAAUGCCUUGGACAAGAGAAAGAAACCUCAGCCGAUAAAUGACUGCGACCCAGUUUAUAUUAGCUUGUUCGGGGCUAAGAUCAUGAACCAGAAGCAUCAAUAUGGACUUGACCAUUUCUUGAAUUA